UGGAGGGUCGGUGAGAUCCUGGCGUGAGAGAGGCAGAGAGGAGUGCCGCUGGAUGAAGGGGGCUCCGGCUGGGGGGUUUCUGCUGGGGCGGCGGGGCAGCUGCCGGACCUCUCCCCGGCUCCCUGUCACUAGUGAGUGAUCCGGCUCCCCGGAGACAUGUGGAUCCACAGCAUGAAGAAGACCGUCCUGCUCGGGCUCGGGAGCAGCCUGCUGCUCGUCUUCAUCACCGUCUGGCUCAGCAUCGGGGACUCCCCCCGUUACAGGCCUGCUAAUGCGACAAGUAGAGCGGGGCUGCUAAAGCCAGAAGUGAACCAAAUAAUAUCUUCACUAAACGGCUAUACAGCAAAUACGUCAUUCUGCAGAGAUCUACAAGAUCGUCUUUUGUCAGUCUCUUUGAGGAAAAGGUACUCAGAAGACUAUUACAUCCAGGCUGUUAAUGAAGUUCAGAAUUGUACCUGGCAAAAAAGACCCCAGGAAUAUACAAAAUUCAGAUUAUAUUUAUCCUCAUGCUGUAACGCCGUUAAUAACUUCAUCGUGUCUCAAAACAAUACCUCGCUGGGAAGCAACAUCACGUAUGAAGUGGAGACUAAGAAGAACAUUUUAAUUGCACAGGAAGUUUACAGAAUGCUUCCUAAGUCACAACCCUUCGCAGGAAUCCCGUUCAGGCAAUGUGCGGUGGUUGGAAAUGGAGGAAUGCUCAAAAACAGUAGGUGCGGAGCUGAAAUUGACCAGGCUGACUUUGUCUUCAGAUGCAAUCUCCCGCCCGUCUGGGGUAAUGCAACUACUGAUGUUGGAAACAAGACAGAUCUUGUAACGGUUAAUCCAAGUAUUAUAGCACUGAAAUAUGGAAAACUCAACGAGAUGAAAACCGCUUUCCUAAAGGACCUUACUAAAUACGGCCAUUCGUUUCUUUUGCUGCCGGCUUUUUCAUACAGCAGCAACACGGCUAUUUCCUUUGAGGUCCAUCGUAUAUUAAAGAAAUACCAGGCAAAACAGAGAGCUGUAUUUUUUCAUCCCAACUAUCUUAAGAGCCUUGCACAGUUCUGGAGAGGGAGAGGCGUGAGGGCGUACCGGCUCUCCACCGGAUUCAUGAUCACCAGUGCGGCAAUAGAAUUAUGCGAAGAGGUCAAACUGUACGGCUUCUGGCCCUUCUCCAAGAACUUGGACGGAAAACCGAUUAGCCAUCAUUACUAUGACAACCAGCUGCCAAAGCCUGGCUUUCAUGCCAUGCCCAAAGAAUUUUAUCAGGUCCUACAACUACAUUACAAAGGGGUCCUCAAACUUCAGGUUGGUGAAUGUGAAAAGAGAUGAAAAACUUACCGAGACUCAACCACCGAAGGUUCUUCCAGGCCAUAUCUGAAGGGAUGGAUUGACCUUUCAGUAUGUAACUAUACUUCCAUUUCUUUACUAUACUACACUGUCCUCAUAGCUGCGAUGGAACAGAAUUAUAUCAAUGACAUAGCUGCUGAGAACACAUUUUUGUGAAAAAAAGGUUCUUUUAGGAAUUGCACAGUCCCAGCAAGAGGAUAUAUUUUGGGGUGGAAUUCGGAUCCUUGGGAGGAUGGACAGCUAUUUAUCUCAAAUUUUGUUAUUAUAAAGAUGUUAUAUUACACUG